GAGCAUAAAAGAUCCCGCCUCUGCGCUCUGCGACCCAACGUUUAAAAAAAAGAAACACACCAAAGAAGAAAAGGGAUAAAUGGAGAAGAUCUGCGUAGCGGUGAGAGUAAGACCUUCGAUUUCCGAAGAAAUUUCUUCUGGAAGUUACUGGAGAGUCGAUGAUAACCGAAUCUCUCUUCACAAAAUUCACGGCACUCCAAUUUCUGGCAUUUCUUACGCUUUCGAUCAUGUCUUCGAUGAAAGUUGCUCUAAUGCGAAGGUUUACGAGCUUCUUACCAAGGAUAUUAUUCAUGCGGCUGUCGACGGUUUUAACGGGACUGCAUUUGCUUACGGACAAACGAGCAGUGGCAAAACCUUCACUAUGAAUGGUUCAUCAACCGAUCCCGGAAUUAUUCAUCGAGCAGUUAAUGAUAUAUUUCAGAAAAUACAGACGAUUUCUGAUCGGGAGUUUCUCAUCCGAGUUUCCUACAUGGAAAUUUAUAAUGAAGAAAUUAACGACCUUUUCACGGUCGAGAAUCAAAAAUUGCAAAUUCAUGAGAGUUUGGAGCGUGGGAUUUUCGUUGCAGGUCUCAGAGAAGAAAUUGUGAACAAUGCUGAACAAGUGAUGAACCUCCUACAGUCAGGAGAAGUUAACAGGCAUUUUGGUGAGACAAAUAUGAAUGCACGGAGUAGUAGGUCUCAUACAAUAUUCAGAAUGGUGAUAGAGAGCAAGGGAAAGGAUGCCAGCUCUUCUGGUGAUUAUUCAAGCAGUGAUGCCAUUCGCGUCUCAGUUUUGAAUUUGGUAGACUUGGCUGGUUCUGAGAGGAUUGCGAAGACUGGCGCUGGCGGAGUACGUUUGAAGGAAGGAAAGUACAUUAACAAGAGCUUAAUGGUUCUUGGUAAUGUAAUUAACAAACUUAGUGAUGGUGCAAAACAAAGGGCACAUAUUCCUUAUCGUGAUAGUAAGUUAACCCGCAUACUCCAACCUGCUCUGGGGGGAAAUGCCAAAACUUCAAUUAUAUGUACUGUAGCACCAGAAGAGGUUCACGUUGAGGAGACGAAGGGAACUCUCCUGUUUGCUAGCAGAGCUAAGCGCAUUACUAAUUGUGCUCAAGUGAAUGAGAUUUUGACGGAUGCAGCCUUACUGAAAAGGCAAAAGUUAGAGAUAGAGGAGCUACGCAGGAAGCUUCAGGGAUCUCAUGCUGAGGUGCUGGAGCAAGAGAUAUUAAAACUGAGGAACGACAUGCUUAAGUAUGAACUAGAGCGUGACAAGCUUGAAAUGGAACUGGAAGAGGAAAGAAGAUCACACAAAGAACGGGAGCAGCGCAUUUUAGACCAGCAGAUGAAGAUUGAAAACCUAAGUAGUCUGGUUUCUGAUGGUGAUAGAAGUUCUGGUCAGGGUUCCACAAAAGAAAGCCCAAAGGAAGAAUGUAAUGAUAGAGGAGAUGAUUUUAAAACCCCUUGUUUUAAAGCGGCUCCUAAUGCCUUCGUUGCUAAGAGAUCUAAUUAUUCAGAGUUGCCAGAUUUCAGUCCUCUCCCUGAUUCUUUUAGCAAUGUAGCUGAUGAAGACACUUGGUUCAAAAUGAACAAGGGUUACAUUGCAGACCUUGAUUCUCUUCAGACAACUCCUGCAAGAAAAGUUCAAUCCUUCCCACCACAAGAUGUAACUCCUGAUUGUUCAAAUAAGAAUUACAAACAAAAACUCCAAAAUCUCAAGAGACAGCUUGAACUUGUUAUCGAAGAGAAGAAUGAAAUCCAGAGGAAGCAUGCUGAACAAAUACAAUUGAAUGACAGACUAAUGGGAGAACUAUCUGAACUAAAACAAGAAGCAUUGCUUGUUCGAAAAAUGCCUCAAAGACUCUGUGAAUCUGUGGCGAGUUGCAAAGAUAUUUAUGAUGAUGUUUUGUCAAAAAUGCAGAGUUUUGCAUCUGAUGGGAAAUCUUCAACUGCAAAAUUUCUCUGUGGCACAAGUGAAAUUGGGACAACCCUUUUCUCAACCUUGGAAACCCACUUUGCAAUGGCAAUGAAUGGUCACAAUUCUUUGUCUGGGAAUGAUUCUCUAAUCCAAGAAUGCAACAAAAUGCUUUCUGAAACAUUGAAGAGCACAAUUACAUCCUUGAUUCUAUCAGAAACAGCCGGUGCCGAGGAUGAUCAAGCAAAUGCUCCUUUAUGCAGCUGCAACUUUAAGGGCUGCACUCAGGGUGGAGCAACUGCUUGUUGGAAGGAGAAACUGAGCAAUGAACUCAACAGUGUCAAGGAAAAGUAUGAAAACUUGGAGAAAGAGUUAGAUCUCAGUGCCAAGUUACUGGAAGCUUCGAAAGAAAGAUCUGGUAGCCUGGAAAGAGAGUUUCAGGAGUUGAAACAAGAACGAGAAUCAUUGCUGAAAACAGUCUCUGAAUCAUCUCACAAGCUCACACUCCUGAGUGAUCAAAAGGAAAACGUUUUGAAGGACUUGAACGCUGAAGUAAAGAGAAGGGAAGACCUCGAGGAAGAGGUUAAACACUUUAGUGUUGCUUUUGCUUCUCGACAGAGAUCACUCAUGUCAAUUCACGGUGAAUUUAAAUCUAAAAUUGAGAAAUUGAGAACUGAAAAUCCAGUCUCAGUGCAGAAAUCUCUACCGCAUUAAAACCAUUUAAGUUAUUAUUCUCUUUACUGUAAUGCUAAUGCUAGGUCGUUCCAUUUCUUGACA